AUGUCAGGGACCGACAAACUCCCCGCCAUGCGAGUCGCAGUCAUCGGGGCUGGUCCCGGUGGAUUGACAACCCUGAAGACGUUGCUCGAGGCAUCGACACCUGAGCGGCCGAUAGAGGCCGUCUUGUUCGAAGCCGAAGACAACAUUGGAGGCACCUUCCACUACCGCGCCUACGAGAACGCUGAGCUAGUAUCAUCCAAGCAACUAACGACUUUUUCCGAUCACCGCUUUCCACUUUCAGCACCUGACCACAUCUCACUUCCGCAAUAUGUUGCCUACUUGCAGGGCUAUGUGGACAAGUUCGAUCUACAACCACUUAUGAAGAUGGGCUGUAGAGUCAGCAAAAUCGAACCCAUAUCUAAACCAGUCGACCAGAAAUGGAAGCAUCGUGUCAGGUAUGUUGACAAGAAUAGUGAUGGAAAGGAGCGCACUUUCGACUGCUCCCACGUCGCGGUCUGCACUGGACUACAUGUCGAGCCCAACAUUCCCGCUAUCCCUGGUAUCGAGAAUGUCAAAGGCGAAGCAUUCCACUCUUCUCAAUACAAGAAGCGGGCGCAGCUUGCGGGCAAAGACGUGCUCAUCAUGGGUUGCGGAGAGACUGCUAUGGAUGUCGCUUAUGAGGCCAUGAAGGGCGAUGCAAAUUCUGUCACCAUGUGCUUCAGAACAGGCUUCCUGUCUUUUCCCAAGGCUCUCUCGCGAUUCAAAGUUUUCGGCAAGCAGUUCAAAGGAGGCCUGCCCAUUGAUGGCCUCAUCACCAACCUCUUCGAGACAGCCUACGUGCAUCGUGCAAUAGCUGCGAGUCGCUUCCGUUGGUUCGUGUCGGACUUUGUCAUCAAGCGCGUAUUGUGGUUCUUGACUGGUACUCAAGCAGGCAUGAAUCAGCACGUUGGCGCACUGCCACAUGAUCGUCUAGGCAGAGCUUUCGUAUUUCUAAACAAGAGUAGCAAAGCGAUGCCAUACUUGAACAGGCCAUACCAAGAGAAACACCCUCUUGCUUUCCUUGGUAAUGGCUACGUAGAUCCGCCCGAGGAUGCGCAGUCAAAAAAAUGGGUCGACACUUGCACAUUUCCCCAGCGAAUAGACGAGACAGGCAGGGUGAUAUUCGAAGAGCGACCAGACCGAAAAGACUGGAGGCGCAUGAAGAACACGGAGGUGCGGCCCAACUGCGUAGUUUACUGCACUGGCUACAAGCAGUCAUUCUACUUCCUCGAUGAAUCAUACCCCACUGCGUCCGACGCUACCAUACGCAACAUCGUCUCGCCUGUGGACACCAGUAUAUCCUUCAUCGGCUUUGUACGGCCCGGUGUUGGCGCUAUUCCUCCUAUUGCCGAACAACAAGCCAUGUGGUGGACAGCGCUCAUCACCAACCAAAUGGCCAUGCCCACCGACCCUCCACACUACCAUCUCCUGUCUAAAGAAAGCUCGCGCAUUAAAUACGGUGUCGAUCAUAGCGCGUACAUGAGUACCCUUGCGAAAGACUUUGGUGGCGCCCCUGGGCUGCGCGAGUUGUACACGGCCCAUGGCUUGAAGGUGCUCCUGGUCUACUGCUUUGGAGCGAGCUUUGUGACCUUCUACAGGCUUGUUGGCCCCUUCGAGAGCGACGUUGCUCCUGAAAUCACAAAGACUGAGUUGGCAGAGACAAUCCUCCGCAGAGGUAUUUUAGGGAACCUGUUCUUCGGUGUGAUACCAAUGAUCUUCUACGGUUUGAUCAACUCUACAGCUCUGAUGCUCGAGAUGGUUGGUCUGAUACCAAAGGAGAAGCCAGUUGUAUGA